AUGGGUGUCUUUAGUAAAAUAUAUGUAGAAAGAAAAAAUAAUAUGUGGAUAAUUGGAGAUCUUUUUCCUCCCUACGGUUUCCCUGGGUUCUUCAGUGCUUUUGUACUGUGCAUUUUAAGUUUUUAUAUUUUUAAAAAACUAAGUGGUGAUGGGAACAUAACUGUAAGAGGAGCUGUGAAGGGACAUAGCUGGACGACUGUUCAGAUAACUGCUAAGACUUGGUACUGUUCUGUAUGUGAAUCACUGUUGCUUAAUGGAAUUGGUGUUUAUUGUGACUGUUGUGGAGUGUGUGCAGAUCCAGAUUGUGUGAAGAAAGCGAAUUUUGCAUUAAGGUGUAAGAUUAUUACCAGCAGUGACCAGAAUCAAUUACAUCAUUGGGUUAAAGGUAAUUUACCCUUUGGAGCUAGUUGUAAACAUUGCUUAGAGGAAUGUUCAAGAGAACCUGGUCUAGUGGAUUAUAGAUGCUGCUGGUGUCAAAUGACAGUUCAUACUGAAUGUUUGCUAAAAGUAGAAAAAGUCUGUGAUUUUGGACCUUUUAGAAGAAUGAUAGUUCCUCCUUGGUGUGUUCAGACUGCUAAACGUAAAGGAGCUUUAAACAAACAUUUACUGUUGAGAGGUGUUCGGGAUCCUUGUUGGGAGAAGUGGACACCCUUAGUUGUAGUUGCCAAUAAAAAGUCUGGAAAUGGAGAUGGGGCUUUAGUAUUAUCAGAAUUUCGAAAGUACCUCAAUCCUGUGCAGGUUAUAGAUCUGAGCGAAAGAAAACCACCAGCAGCUUUGCAGUGGUGUGUUCUUUUAUCUCCAAAGACAGUCAAUAUUUUGGUUGCUGGUGGGGAUGGUACUGUCUCGUGGAUGCUGAGUACUUCCCAUAAACUCGAUCUUGAUCCUGAGCCUUUAUUGUCUAUAAUCCCGUUGGGAACUGGCAAUGAUUUGUCUAGGGUUUUAAAUUGGGGACAUCAGAACUCAUCAGAGCUAGAUGUUGAAGACGUUUUAAAAAAUAUCAUCGAUGCCAAACUCUCAGAACUUGACAGAUGGAAAGUAGAAGUUAUAUCGAAUAGGCAUCUAGGCUUAAAACUACCUAAUAAAACCUACUUUAUGUACAACUACGCAAGUAUUGGUGUGGAUGCACAGGUUGCACUGAAUUUUCAUAAAACUAGGGAUAGUAUUUUUUACAUAUAUGGGAGCAGGUUAUUUAACAAGAUGUUGUAUUUAACUUUUGGAACUCAACAAGUGGUUACAGCAGACUGCAAAAAUCUCGAAAAAAGACUGGAUCUGUAUUUAGAUGGUAAACAUAUCGACCUACCGGAGUUGGAGUCCAUAGUUAUUUUAAACAUUUCUUCGUGGGGAGCAGGAGUCAACCUUUGGAGUAUGGUCAGCGACAGCUCUGGAACCACUUCACAGUCUUACCACGAUGGAAUUUUGGAAGUAGUGGGUAUUUAUUCUUCAUUCCAUAUGGCACAGCUACAAGUUGGUAUUUCAACGCCUUUAAAAUUAGGUCAAGCUAAAGUGGUAGAUAUUCAUUUGAAGCAGAAGGCCCCGAUGCAAGUGGACGGCGAGCCUUGGGAACAGCCACCUGGUAAGUUGAAAGUGUCAUUCGUCAAUAGAUGUCCUGUACUUAUUAACCAAAACAGUUCAGAAUAA